AUGAGUUUACUGUCUUCAGAUCUCAAUCAAACCCUUGUCGUAGAAUCAGCAACAACUGAAUUCACAACCUUAAUCUACAAAGGAUGUGCAAAACAGCAGUUCUCAGAUCCAACUGGUUUAUACUCACAAGCUCUUUCUGCUAUGUACGGCUCAUUGGUCUCUCAAUCUACUAAAACCAGAUUCUACAAGACAACUACAGGAACAAGCCAAACCACAAUCACUGGUCUGUUUCAGUGUAGAGGAGAUUUAAGCAACCAUGAUUGUUACAACUGUGUUAGUCGUCUUCCUGUUCUCUCCGACAAGCUUUGUGGCAAAACCAUUGCCUCUAGGAUUCAACUUUCCGGUUGCUAUCUUCUCUAUGAAGUCGCUGGCUUUUCUCAAAUUUCAGGUAUGGAGAUGUUAUUCAAGACAUGUGGGAAGAACAACAUCGCCGGAACAGGAUUCGAGGAGAGGAGAGACACGGCGUUUGGUGUAAUGCAAAACGGUGUCGUUUCAGGGCACGGAUUCUACGCAACCACGUACGAAUCUGUCUACGUUUUAGGACAAUGCGAAGGCGAUGUCGGAGACUCCGAUUGUAGCGGCUGCGUUAAGAACGCGCUCGAGAAAGCUCAGGUCGAAUGUGGAAGCUCGAUCUCUGGAGCAACAGGGAAAACGGUGGCAAUAAUAGUAGGAGGAGCAGCUGGUGUUGGCUUUCUUGUCAUUUGCUUGCUUUUUGCCAAAAACUUGAUGAAGAAGAAACAUGACGACUAUUGA